AUGAGGAAGCUGAAACGUGAGCCGGACGAGCAGAGCGCCACCACCGCCACCGCCACCACCGCCACAACCGCCACCACCACCACCUCCACCACCACCACCACCACCACCACGAUGACCCCACCGCCGAACAUUUGUGUCGAUGACGAGCCGCAGAUGAGCACACCGGACGAUCCGGUCAUACAUUCGCCUCCAUCUCUCAGUGGACAACUGAUGAACGGUUUUAAUCCUGCCUUAACUCCUGCAAAAAUGGAGGAAGGCAUGGCUGCUGCAUGCGCUUCUCCAGAUGCAAGUGGUAUCGAUCCCAACAGUGAUGGGGAAGCACGACGUAGGCAGAAGACGUGCAGAGUGUGUGGCGACCACGCUACCGGUUAUAAUUUUAACGUCAUCACAUGCGAGUCAUGCAAGGCGUUCUUCCGUCGCAACGCACUUCGGCCAAAGGAAUUCAAGUGUCCUUACUCGGAAGACUGUGAAAUUAACGCCGUCAGUAGGCGCUUUUGUCAAAAAUGUCGAUUGCGGAAAUGUUUUGCGGUGGGAAUGAAAAAAGAGUGGAUAUUAAAUGAGGAACAACUACGACGAAGGAAAAAUUCUCGCCUUAAUAAUAUGGCGAAUCAGCAAAGACAAAAACAGGAGUUGGCACGACAACAUGCAGCUGUAAAGGCAAUGACGUCCCCGUUGUCGAUCUCACCGAUGGUCGACGCGCAGCUCGGAGCCCUCAGCGGUCGAGGAGGGAUGCCGCCGUUGGUAAGCCCAGCUGGACAAUACCCGCUUAUGAGUCCUGCCGGAUCUGGCGCCUCCGAUUCACCUCCAUCACGUCCGUUGGGCUUAAUGGCGGGGAGUCAAGGAAGUCCAGAUGCAUACGAGUCAAACAUGAUGAUGCAACAACGCCUUCGUUCACAGUUACCACAGGCAACGAUGUCCGGUAAUAAGGUGGUGGAUCCAUCGCGUCAAGUCAUCAUUUCGAUGGACGAAUACCAUAGCCUGGUUCAACGCGCCACACGUCCCGGCGAGGAUGAACCUCUUUCGAAGAGACCAGCGUAUUCACCGUCGGAGUUGGUGGCACCUCAACCAAGGCCAUUCCAAUCACCGUCCAGUCAAAUGUUACCGGUUCACAAUAUUUCGCAGAUUCGGGCAGUGGAUUCAGGCAUACCUACGUACACGGAUCUUGGAGCGGCUUCAAGUGGCGAUCUACCGAAGGCGUCGUUCACCAGCAGUAACUACGAAGAAGAUGACCACUCCGCGUCCGCGUCCGUUGGUGUCACGUCGUCGACUUCCACGAGCUCUGCCAAUCUACCUCAUGAGGCGGAAACAUCUGGAACGUCAUUAUCCUCCUCCUCAGACAAGAGGCUUAGCUAUCAGUUGAAUGCGGCAGAAUUGCAAGCACUCGACUUGAUUCAGGAAGCUUUUAAAGGUAUGAACGAUCCAAUGGAGCAGGGACGCCAAAAGACCUCGUUCCUGAAGAAUGAGAAGUCUCCGGCUGAUAUAAUGAACAUCAUGGAUGUGACAAUGCGCCGAUUUGUGAAGAUGGCCAAAAAAUUACCAGCAUUUAAUGACCUCAGUCAGGAUGGGAAAUUUGCGCUUCUGAAAGGAGGAAUGAUCGAAAUGCUCACCGUUCGUGGUGUACGACGCUUCGAUAGCAGUUCUGGAUCGUGGACAACACCAACACUGAAAGAAAGCUGUGAAGUAUCCAUCAAUAUGUUCGACCAACUAAACGCCGAUGUCAGAUCCGAGCAGAAGAUGCGCUUCCUUCAAUUCUUUAAAAUCUUCCACGAGGAUAUUCGCAGUAACGAUUUGGUGAUCUCUAUGAUUAUGCUUAUCGUAUUGUUUUCACCAAGAGAUUGCAUCACCGAUCCAGAAGAUCGUAGGAUUAUUGCCAGACAUCAUGAGCAAUUCUGCGCCCUCCUGAACAGAUAUCUGGAAUCACUUUACGGAGACGAUGCGCACAAAUUGAAUGAGCAACUUCCGACGGCGCUUCGUAUGCUGCGAGAAAUCUCUGCCUCGUGCGGUAUGCUCUUUUUGGGCACAGUGAACACGAGCGAGGCUGAACCUCUACCGCGUGAGUUCUUCAAAGUCGAAUAG